GGUUUUGACCGAAUGUAAAAUAACAUACAUUGGGCUUCCGAGGAAUUACAAAGAUUCACGAAUUCCCGAGAAAAUUUCCGUUUCCCGCUUAUUCCAUUAUUUCAAAGAUCUCAUUUUCCCCCUUUUAUUUUGGAAAUUCAACACAUUAAACCCUUCAUUUCCCCUUUCCUUAUUAUUCCCUCCUUGCUAAAAAUAUAUCUGCCGCCGUUGAAAUCUGACGUACUCGUCUUUAACCAUAAGACGACCGACGCAACUGUCCGGUGAACCCUGCUUCCCGACACCUGUCUCCCGGAAGACUGACAAUCUGCUGAGGAUCGGUCUCGCCGCCGGACUAGCUCUCCUGCAGACAGGAUAGUUAUCGGGGAUUAGUCGAGACCUUUAAAAAUACCAGACGGCUCCGUUUUCCUCAAGGAUUCGGAAGCCAUUGUCCAGAUCUAUCAUGUCGACUAAGCGGGAACCUUCUUUAUCUCCUAUGAAGGAGGCUGGCUCGUCCACGGUUCAGGUUCGACGGAGCCAGAGAAAUCGAACGACGACGUUGAAGCCGGAAAAUGAGGAAGCCGUCGCUGUUCCUCAGGAAGAAGAGAGCAGUGAAGUCUCCAGCAGAGGUAAGCGCAAGGAAAGUUCUGCCUCUGGAGCUGCUACUACCUCCAAGAAGUCAAAACGAAGCCUAGCAGAACCAUGGUCGAAAACGACGCCGUUGAAAUCAGAAAAUGAAGACGCUCCGCUACUUGACAACAAUGAGAGCCGCAGCAAAAAGACGCCGGUAACGUCGAAAAAGACGAGAAGAGCUGUGGUUGAUGAAGAUGAGAAGCAGGAAACCAAGUUCAUUGGCGAGCCCAUAGCUGAUAAGGAAGCACGACGGCGAUGGCCGAAACGCUAUCAAGGAAAGGAGCAAACACGAGCUGUCUCAGGGAGUUCCACAGAUGAGGCUGAUUCAGAGGUUAUUCAAGCUAGAUGGCACUACACACAAGCGAAAGUGGAUGGUUGUGUGGCGUUUAAUCUUGAUGAUUGUGCCCAUGUCAAAGCUGAAGAAGGAGCGGAUUACUACAUAUGUAAAAUUGUAGAGAUGUUUGAGGCAACUGAUAGAACUUUGUAUUUUACAGCUCAAUGGUUUUAUAGAGCUCAAGACACUGUAAUGAAAAAGUUAGGCCACCUUAUUGAUAAAAAGCGUGUAUUCCUUUCAGAGAUUCGAGAUGACAAUCCAUUGGAUUGUCUUAUUGAAAAGCUUAAUAUUGUAGAAGUCUCAUUGAAUGUUGAUUUGGAGGCAAAGAAGAAAAUGAUACCACGUUGUGAUUAUUACUGUGACAUGUUAUAUCGUUUGCCAUAUUCUUCUUUCACUAACUUACCUCGAGAUGAAAAAACAAAUGUCAGUGAAGAAGCUUCAUCAACAAUUUCUAGUGACAACAUAACAAGUGUUAUUGGUGCAAACACUAGUCAUGAGGACGCUUCAUUGUUAGACUUGUAUUCUGGUUGUGGUGCAAUGUCAACUGGUUUGUGUCUUGGAGCAAAUAUGGCUGGAUUAAAACUUGUGACUAGAUGGGCUGUGGAUUUAAAUAAAUAUGCCUGUGAAAGUCUCCAGUGGAAUCAUCAAGAAACUGCGGUUAGGAAUGAAUCUGCUGAAGAUUUUUUAGCAUUAUUGAAAGAGUGGGAACGUUUGUGUGCCUCAUUUUCAUUGUCAAAAUCCGAGAAUUUGGAGAAGCAAUCCUUCCAUUCUUUUGGUUUGGAAAAUGAUGAGAAUGAUGAAGUUGACAGUGAAGAUAGUGAGACUGAAGGGGAAGUUUUUGAAGUUGAAAAAAUUCUCAACAUAUGUUACGGUGAUCCAAAGGAGAAAAAGGAACGGGGGUUAUAUUUCCUGGUUCGUUGGAAGAAUUAUGGGCCUGAAGAAGAUACAUGGGAGCCAUUAGAAGGAUUGGGUGAUUGUCAAGAAUGCUUGAAGGACUUUGUUACACGUGGCUUUAACUCAAAAAUACUACCUUUGCCAGGUGAUGUUGAUGUGAUAUGUGGAGGGCCCCCAUGCCAAGGUAUCAGUGGCUUUAAUAGGUUUAGAAAUAAGGAUAAUCCUUUGCAAGAUGAAAAGAACAAACAACUUCAGGUUUUCAUGGAGAUAGUGGAGUACUUGAAGCCAAAGUUUGUUUUGAUGGAGAAUGUUGUUGACAUUGUAAAGUUCUCUGAGGGAUUUCUUGGACGAUAUGCCUUAAGUCAACUAAUUCAUUUAAACUACCAAGUCCGAAUGGGAAUGAUGGCAGCUGGUGCUUAUGGUCUUCCCCAAUUUCGUAUGCGUGUUUUCUUUUGGGGGGCUCGUCCAACUGAAAAAUUGCCACAAUAUCCACUUCCAACACAUGAUGUUGUAGUAAGAGGUGUCAUCCCCCUUGAGUUUGAGAUGAACACUGUAGGCUGGGAUGAAGGACAACAAGUAGAUUUGGAAAAAAAACUUCUACUAAAAGAUGCAAUUUCAGACCUUCCUGCGGUUGGAAAUUAUGAGAAUCAAGAUGAAAUGGACUGUGACAAGGAUCCUCAAACAGAGUUUCAGAAGUUCAUUAGAUUAAGAGAGGAGGAGAUGCCUGGCUCUUUAUCAAAGGCAAAACCGGCAAAACCAGCAAAACAUUUGCUGUACGAUCAUCGGCCACUUCAACUCAAUACGGAUGAUUACCAGCGUGUUUGCCAGAUUCCCAAAAGGAAGGGAGCAAAUUUCAGAGACUUACCAGGUGUUCUAGUUAAUGGUAAGAAGGUUGAAUGGGAUCCUAAUGUGGAGAGGGUUUAUUUGGAGUCAGGGAAACCUUUGGUCCCUGAUUAUGCCAUGACUUUUGUUGGUGGAUCAUCAUCCAAACCAUUUGCUCGUCUAUGGUGGGAUGAAACUGUACCAACAGUGGUUACAAGAGCGGAACCUCAUAAUCAGGCAAUUUUGCACCCUGAAGAAGAUCGUGUCCUCACAAUUCGUGAAAAUGCCAGAUUACAAGGCUUCCCUGAUUACUACAAGCUUUUUGGCCCGGUUAAGGAAAGGUACAUUCAAGUUGGAAACGCGGUAGCUGUGCCUGUUUCUCGAGCUCUAGGUUAUGUAUUGGGGUUAGCUUAUCAAGGUCUUUCAAGUGAUGAACCUUUAAUGAAACUUCCUCCAAAAUUUUUAAAUAUUGUGGAUAAGUUUUCUUCUGAAUCAUCUGAAGAUCAUUGAUGAAAUUGUACUAUUACUCUAUCAAAUUGAACCAAAAUUUUUAAU